AUGCUCCCCCCGGCACAAUAUCCUACCGGAUCCGGCCCCUGCCCCUGCCUGCACCAGCACCAGCAGCGACACCCGCACCAGCACCUGCACCAACGUCGACCAAACGAACAGACGAACUACCACCAGAAGCCUGAAAACAUCAAGCAGCUGCAGAAAACCGUCGCUGCCAACGAGCCGCCCUCGAAUGCGCUGUCCAUUCUCGAGCGCCUCAAGAAAGAGGCCUCACCCACCGAAGAGAUGCUGCGCUCCACCCGCGCAGGCGUCUUCGUCGGCAAGCUGCGCCAUAACUCGAACAAGGACAUUGCGCGCAUCGCCACCGAGCUCGUCACUAAAUGGAAGAAGCUCGUCGAGGCCGAGAAGGCCUCGCGCAUGCAAAAGCUGAAGCAGUCCUCGCCCGCCACCGCCGCCUCCCCGACACCCCCCGCCGCCUCCAAACCCUCCGGCUCCUCCGCCUCGCCCGCGCCCGCCUCAGCCGCCGACGCCCCCUUCAAGGGCGACACGGAGACGCGCCACUUCAACAAGGACGGCGUCAGCAUCAAGCGCACCGGCGACACGACCCGCGACAACUGCCUCGGCCUCCUCUACAAUGGCCUCGCCUACCGCAGCACCCAGCCCCCCGACGCCGUCGUCGCCCGCGCCGUCGAGUGCGAGGCCGCCGCCUACCGUCACUACAAGGGUGUCACCGACGACUACAAGAAGAAGAUAAAGUCCCUCUUCUCCAAUCUCAAGGUCAAGACGAACCGCGAGCUCGGCCGCAACAUCAUGGACGGCAAGAUCACCGCCGACCGCUUCGUCACCAUGACCCAGGACGAGCUCAGAGCGCCGAGCAGCGCAAGCGCGAGACGAGCUGCAGAGGAGACAUGA